AUGCCCCCCCGUCGACGGGCUGCUCCCCGUCCGCCCAAGCCAAAGCGCGUAUGUCCUCACUGCAACCUCCCGCGUAGUGAGCGGCAGAUCCGCCGACAUCUGGAGCCAUACCAAGAGGGUAGAGGAUACAUGUUGGACUCGGAGUCUGAGCCGGACUCGGGCAACACCAGCAGUUCUGACAAUGCUGACAAGGAGCCUGACCACCCACAUGUGCUGGGACAGGACAAAGUGCCCCCCAACGUUCCCGGUGAUAUUGACCUUGGCCCUCCUGCUCACGCGGAUUUAGAUCCGCUAGCCAACAACGACCUUCACGACAUGCCACCUCCGCUUGAGCAUGUCCAAAUUCUCGACGACCUUCGGAGGAUUCUUCGUAAUCCCCACGCCAUGCUUGACCAGUGGGGCAAUUAUGUCAAGCCCGACGCCUCUGAAGCUGACGACCGUUCCAUCCGCAAAGGGUCUGUCAGCAGCAACAAAGACCCCGCGUUCAAGGAGCGAAUGGAUGAGCCCAAACUAGACCCCAACAACCCAAACGACGAGCCCUACAUCGACAUUGACGUGCUCCGGAACUUCCUCAACAAGCACCUGGCUGAAUUAGACAAUGACGAAUGGGAAGAACUCCAGGCUCACAAGCUUAACCCUGGGGAUUGUAAGCUCCUUGAGCUUCUUGCUACCCGGCUUUGGACCCGCUUCUUGCGUUCAAUGUGGAACGAUCUUUGCCUUGGGCCUGGCGCCGCCUUCGCAUCCUUGCUGGUCUUGAUACCAAAACCUACCAUUUGUCGUACACCACUGUAA